CCUAAAUAUUUCAGUUACUCCCGUUUUCUUUGGUUUUAACUUUUCUGUACGGCAGACUUGUUCAAGUUGGGACAAGACGGUAGUUCGAACAGUGCUCAUAAUUUUGCAAAAUAAUCUUGUUGCUGGCCCUAAAAUUCAGAGAACUAUUUUAAAACUAGCUUUGAAGGACGUGGCGUGUCAUUACUCACCUGAGAGGCAUCAUGGCGGCUCCCGACUUGGUGUUCGCCGACGCGGCGCUUGCCAAGACCUACCAGACCUACCGCCCUCAGCCUCCUCCAUCCAUCGUAGCCAGGAUCCUGCGCUUCUGGAACAAGGGCAAAGACAGCAGAGAAGUAACGCAAGAAUCACCAACCCAAAAGCCUGGGUCACUGCUGGUGGAUGUUGGUUGUGGUUCUGGUCAGAGCACCCACAUGUUCGUAAAUGAUUUUGACCAGGUCGUGGGUGUGGAUGUCAGUCCUGACCAACUGAUGGUCGCUCGGCAAAACUACUCCCACAUUCAGAACAUCCGAUUCAUCGAGGGUAACGCGCUUCACCUCCCCUUCCCCCCCGCCAGCGUGGACGUGGUGACCGUCUGUGCUGCCGUCCACUGGUUCAUGCCUUUUACGCCCAGAUUGUUGCUCAUACUUGUAUUGUUACUCAUACUUGUACUCUUACUGCUGCAGGUGGACCAGGUACUGCGACCUGGAGGAGUACUUGCGGUGUACUCGUACCUGAGCGCGUACCCUCUGUACCAGGGCAAGUGCCUGCGCCACGUCAUGGACGAGCUAUGGAAGGCGCUGGAGUUCUGGCCGCCAGAGCACCGACAGCUCGCGACCGAGUACGCCCUCAUGCCUGCGCCGUACCAGGAGGAGGAGCACGUCAGCUCCUCGGACGGCGAGUUGGAAGUGUCAAGCGUGUGCCGCCUCAGCGACCUGCUGGGCUACAUCUCCUCCUGGUCGGCGCUGGCCAAACUCAGGACCAAGCGAGGUCCCGACGCGGCCCAGCAAUACUUGGACGAUGCCAAAGCCAAGCUGCUGAAGGAGAUGGGCUGCAUGGAAGAGGACCCUGAGAUCGUCAAGCGGCAUCGCUACUUCCUUAGGAUGUGGAGGAAGCCUCAGCUGUGACCUCAUGAAGACCAACUUUAUUAAUAUGUUUUUUUUUGUUUUUGUUCUUCUUUGUUAAUGUAUUUAUUAAA